AUGUUUAACACGGUCUUCGAAGAGUACUGCGACUUCAACGACAGCAUAUGCAGCAACGAUUCUGGUUUCGACAGGUCUUAUGCCGGCUCCCUCGCGACACCCAACUCACUGAACAGCACACCUUUGAAACAUGACGCAUCAGAUCUUGGCAUAUCGCUAACACCCACUAAAGACAAGAGCGUAAAGAGAAGGCUGUUCAGCGAUGAAUUCGGUUACACUUUCAACACGCAGAUAGAAGAAGUAAAAGGUUUCGAUGAUAGUCUUCUACCCGGCGACAACACUUCUACACCAGUUAAAUCGAAAGAGAAGAAACCCAAAGAUCCGAAUAAACCUAAGAGGAAAUACGCCAACGGAAAGAACAGAGUGACAAGAUGCAAAAGCCCCACUCAGAUAAUGCGAAUCAAGAGGAACAGAAGGAUGAAGGCAAACGACAGAGAACGUAACAGAAUGCACAUGUUAAACGAAGCUUUAGAUAGGCUGAGAUGUGUUCUACCGACAUUCCCCGAAGACACAAAAUUGACUAAAAUAGAGACACUGAGAUUUGCUCACAACUAUAUAUUUGCUUUAAGCCAGACGUUAGAGUCGCUAGACAAUAUUAACUCCGGCCAAAUACCACCGGAUAACUUCUCUAUGAGUUACGAUAAGCUACAAACUGUGACAAGUGAUAAAAUUAACAAGGACGCAUUCAGAGAGAUAUUUUUACUACCAAACAAGACUGAGGAGUAUAACCCUGACGGCAGUUAUAGAAGUUUCCAAGGAUUCAGCAAGCCUUUUCCCAACGGCUCGAACUUCUUGCAAACCCCCGAGGGGGUGUUGAUUAACGUUGGAAAUGUUACCGUAUCUGUUAACAAUAAAGGCGGUAAUUGCAUAACUUCGACCACGGGCAGUGGUUUCUUCACUAACCCGUCCAGUUUCGGCGACGAUGUGUUCCAACAGAACUAUUACAGUCAGAAGCCUUUCACGCCUUGUCAAAACUACAAUGAAGCCAGUUACGAAUCGAGUGUGCAGAACGAGCCUGAAGAGUAUUUCAAUCAGAAAAACUACGAAAUUUUCAAGAGCGCCUUCGAAAGUGCAAAGAAUAAGAAGCCUCCGAAAGUGCAAGACCACUCCUCCUUCUAUGGAGAUUACGCGAACAGUAUGUACAGUUGCAAUGAAAGGUAUUACACGAGCGACAGUAACUACACGCAAAGCCAUUGCUAUUUCAAUGACCAAAGAUAUAGGGAUCAUUACAGGACCAGUAUUGUGAAUACUCAAAUU